AAUGCUUUUAAUAUCAAGUGAUUGAAAAACACCAAAAUUUUUGCUCUAUAAAUAUUUUAUAACUUAUGUUAUGAUUAAUACUAUAACUUACUUUCUUAUAGUUAUACACUAAAAAAAAUGUCAUAAAAAAGUCAAAGUCAAAGCAAAGAUAAAAAUAAAGCGGAGACGGAUCAAGCGCAGGAAGUGCUAACGCGGAGAUGGAUCAAGUUCAAAGCGAAGUAGCGGCGGUAGCUGCAAUUAACGAUAAGACUCGCACCCAACACCCCUCUUCCCUCACUUCCAUGGAUUCUAUUAUUGCAGCUGCGGCAUAUGGCAACGACGAGAAUCAGUCUCUUGAUGCGCAGGCACAGAAAGCAUUAGAAUGCCCUUGUGUAGCUGAGCUGCGGAAUGGGGCAUGCGGGGUUCAUUUUACAGAGGCUUUCCUUUGUUUUCUGAAAAGUACAGCUGAGGAAAAGGUAACCCCUAUUAAUUGAAAACCUUUGUGAGGAAAAUGGGCUCACUUGUCAUGUUAAACAUUUUAUUGUGAUUAAUCUAGU